AUGGAGGAGAGUAGUAAUACCAAAAAACAGCACUCGCCCGCUCACCCGCUCACUCACCCGCUCAUUCGACCGCUCACUCACCCGCUCACUCACCCGUUCACUCGACCGCUCACUCGACCGCUCACUCACUCACUCACCGCUCACUCACCACUCACUCACUCACUCGCUCACCCGCUCACUCGACCGCUCACUCACCGCUCACUCACUCACUCACUCGCUCACCCACUCACUCACUCACUCGCUCACUCGCUCACUCACUCACUCACUCGCUCGCCUGCUCACUCGACCGCUCACUCGACCGCUCACUCGCCCGCUCACUCGACCGCUCACUCACUCGCUCACUCGCUCACUCACUCACUCACUCGCUCACUCACCCGCUCACUCGACCGCUCACUCGCUCACUCGACCGCUCACUCGACCGCUCACUCACCCGCUCACUCGACCGCUCACUCGACCGCUCACUCGACCGCUCACUCGACCGCUCACUCGACCGCUCACUCACCCACUCGCUCGCUCACUCGCUCACUCACCCACUCACUCACCCACUCACCUGCUCACUCACCCGCUCCACACACAUAUUAUGGAGACAAACACAGUGAGGUUUGA